UGUUGAACUGAAUCUUCCGAGUUAUGUCGAAGACGCAUUUGAAUACGUAUUCCUGAUAUAUCGGUUGCCGUUUCCCGUGUUUGAACAAGGAAGAAUUAUUGUCAUUUAAUGCAAUAUAAAGAGAACGUAAAAGCAGUUUGAAGACAUACCGCCGUUGUCUUCUUCUUCUUGUAAUUAUCGAGAAAAGGCAGUGGGCUUUACGGCCGUUGGCUGAACUCCGUAGUUUAAGUGAGUUUGUAUGCAGGGGGGAGCUCUGCUCUGUCCGUGGUGCUGAAACGUGCCGCAGUGCUUUCCAAAGAAGUUCGACGAAAGGAGACCCUGUGAAGGCGUUACCGGAGGACAAUCUCUUAUCGGCCAGGUCCAUAACAAGCUGACCGGUGCAUUCGGUGGGCAUGUCUGUACAGGCAGGGGUCUACGAGUCACCGGUGAGUUGCGCGUAGUUUCUCGCCGAUGUCUUCUUUCCUUCACAUUCUCAUUCUUCCUUCUUUUCUUUUACUAAGCAGAUGAAAGGCGCCGUUCUCCAGGAGUAGUGAGUCGUCGCUGGACACCCACCACCCACCUAGUCCUCGUAGUGUUUCCCGGAUUCGAGCCAUCUUCGCACGGAGACGGACCGUCCAGCUACCCGGUCCGAGGUGAUGCUGGACUACCAUUUCAAAGGAGGGGCUCAAGUUUGCUGCAAGAUCCACGAUGAAUGAUAUCCGCUGACUACCGAGUUUCAAUGGAAUUUAUCCAAAGAUGGCUUCAUUGAGGCUUUGGCUGGUGGCCGCUCGGAGCCGGGCUUCUGAAGCCGAACAAUGGGGAGAAGCUCUGGACUUUAGUCGGGCGCGAAGACGGGUUUAAAAGCCAUCGAACACAUCGCUGAAAGAAAGAAGGAAAGAAAGAAAGGACGAAGACAAAACGAAGAACCGAAAAAGCCAUGGGGAUACAGCACCUUUUGCUUCUUUUAAUUUAUUUAGACCCUUUGAAUGUACUGCUGUGUGCAGCAACGAAGACAAAAAACACCAAGAACAUAGGUUCCCCCAGGCGUAACCCCAAAGGGAACAGCACUGUAGUGACCCCAGUGCACACCCCCAAACCCCCAAAAAUCAAGACUCCUAAACCUGGCAGCAGCCAUGAAACGUGCCUCAGCUAUAUCGACGUGAGCGAGCAGGUUGACAAAGAGUUUGAAUGCAAUAACACAAAUCACCGGUACUGCUGUGGGUCCUGCCUGAUGCGCUUCUGUUGCGAUGAGCGGGCCAAGAGGCUGGACCAGAGCAUCUGCAAGAACACCAUACCUCCGAUCCGAGUGGAAACCACGACGCGGGGUCCGGUGGAGAAAGAAGAAAACAACGUGUACGACCCCAGGCUGGACCAGACUAACACCACCGUGUACAUCACGUGCGGCGUCAUAGCCUUCAUCAUUAUUGCCGGGAUUGCUGCGAAAGUCGCCUACGACAAAACCACAAGCCCCCCUCAGGAAAUGAACGUGCACAGAGCCCUUGCAGACAUUCUCCGACAACAAGGACCCAUCCCUUUGCCGCAUUAUGAGAGAGAAAACGUUACAGCAAUAGAUGGAUCUCCCAAAGACAACACUCCUGUUCGAACUUCUUCCAAAAAUCAUUACACACCUGUCCGCACCACAAAGACCAACCACGGUCAUUAUGGGAAGGACAGCUUUCGGAGUGGAGGUGGAGGGCCCGAUCUACAUAACUUCAUUUCCUCUGGAUUUGUGACGUUGGGACGUGGGCAGGUGAAAGGAGACCACCAGUGGCCCGCCCAGUUGAUGUCCCAGUCCGGUGACCAUCAACACAACUAUAACCAUCUGAUGCUCGCCAGUCCAACUCACACCCCUACAAACGAAAAACCUCGGAUGAACAGCAUUCUUACCUCUGCGACUGAACCCUACGAUCUUUCGUUCUCCAGAUCAUUCCAGAGCCUCUCCCACCUGCCACCGUCCUAUGAGUCGGCAGUUAAAUCUGACCUAAGUAAAUAUUCUUCUCUGAAGAGAUUAAGUGACAAAGAGGUGGACGACUAUUACACCAGAAAACGGCACCUCCCGGACUUGGCGGCGCGGGGGACCCUCCCGCUGCACAUUCUCAAAAUGAGUCAAGAGCAGCAAGGCAAUCACCGGGAACGGCCGCGCAGAGUGCAGCGGGCCAUGUCCCAGGACAGAGUGCUGUCACCGGAAAGAGCCCCGCCGCAGGAGUACGGGACACCUUACGGGGGACGCAUCCUCUCGGACGAGCAGCUCCUCUCCGCGGAGCGCUUACACUCCCAAGACCCUCUCCUUUCGCCGGACAAGGUGAUGUCACUCAAGCGCUCCGGCUUUCGCGAGAAGUCCAUGUCCAGGGCGUUGUCACACACCGACGUGUUCGUGUCCACACCCGUCAUGGACCGAUACAAGAUGACAAAAAUGCACUCUCAUCCUAGUGCCUCAAACAAUUUGUAUAACACUUUGAGUAUGAACCAGACCGCCUCCAAGCGGCAGGCCUUUGCUUCCAGAAGGACCCACACGGUGGAGCAGCUUCAGUACAUCCCAGGACACCACCACCACUACCGCACAGCGAGCAAAACGGAAGUAACUGUGUAAAGACGCUCGGGACACGGCCCGCCUCUGGAACUGUCCCGGCCCGCCGCUGCGCAGUGACCUUGUGUGUGGCCACACGUUGGAACGAACGGACGGAUUUGCUUUCGGCACCAGCUUCCCCAGCCUGUCUGACUGCGCCGAACUGUGCAGGAGGGACGGAGACGCCUGUCCUACGAGCGCACGUCACACGGUCUGCCGGCACACAAGGGCUUUGUACAGGGGAGUGAGCGCGUCCCGAGACGAGAAGCGGAACUGCAAUAACGGCCGAGAGGUGUCACUCCCAGUUCCAGUAUGAGCUUUAGCGAUACCUCCGAUACUGAACUGGUUUGAGCACUUUUGCCAGUGCCUCUUAAAAACGCCCCAUUUCAAUAAUGAAGUGGCUUUGUGGGUUAAUAAGCACAAUGAAUUCAAACGCUGCUUUGCUCUCUUUUGUAACGGCCAGCCAGCCAGCACGUCUCAGCUGCUUCUUCUGUAAAUAGACGAGAGGAGCCGGCGGGGUCGGGACCACCGGCCGACCGCGUGUGCGGGGGAGGGGAAGAAAACCGGCAGAGCUCCUCCAGCUGCUCAAAAACAAAAUGCGUCCUUUCUUGGGUUUUUU